CCACACAAAUCCUGGCUUGUGUUAACUCGUCCCCUAUUUUUGCUGCUCUCAUGCUUACUUCUUCUCUCUGAGAGUAGCAAAAAAAAAACUAAGUAAAAAAAAAAAGGAAAUGGCAACACAGGCAUUGGUUUCUUCAUCGUCCAUCUGCUCGUCGGCCGACGCCGCCCGACAGAUUCUCGGAGGAAGGUCACCGGCGGCGCACACUUCUUCUUCAAGGAAGGUUUCCUUUGUUGUUAAGUCAGCUGCUACUCCACCUGUUAAGCAAGGAGGUAACAGGCCCCUAUGGUUUGCAUCUAAGCAGAGCCUUUCCUACUUGGAUGGCAGCCUCCCAGGUGACUUCGGAUUCGACCCGUUGGGCCUAUCCGACCCAGAAGGCACCGGAGGGUUCAUCGAGCCGAAAUGGCUAGCGUACGGGGAGAUCAUCAACGGCCGUUUCGCCAUGUUGGGGGCGGCGGGUGCCAUCGCCCCCGAAAUCCUGGGGAAAGCCGGUCUGAUCCCACCAGAGACCGCUCUCCCCUGGUUCCAGACAGGGGUGAUUCCCCCGGCCGGAACAUACAACUACUGGGCCGACGGCUACACGUUGUUCGUCCUCGAGAUGGCCCUAAUGGGCUUCGCCGAGCACCGGAGGCUCCAGGAUUGGUACAAUCCUGGAUCCAUGGGUAAGCAGUACUUCCUGGGCCUAGAAAAGGGCUUCAGCGGGUCGGGCGAACCCGCUUACCCGGGUGGCCCGUUUUUCAACCCGUUAGGGUUUGGGAAAGACGAGAAGUCGAUGAAGGAGCUGAAGCUCAAGGAAGUGAAGAAUGGGAGAUUGGCUAUGUUGGCUGUUUUGGGAUACUUUAUACAAGGGUUGGUCACCGGUGUGGGCCCCUUCCAGAACCUUCUAGACCAUUUGGCCGAUCCGGUCAACAACAAUGUGCUGACCAGCCUCAAGUUCCAUUAGGGCGGACCUCGUUGUACUUGUAGCAUCAAAUGUUGUGCGCUCUCUCUCUCUCUCUCUCAUUCUCUUUUUUAUGUGUAUUUCGAAUUUGUAUAAGAAUCCAUCAUUAAUGUGCAGAAUGUACUUUUACCGUUGAGCAUGUGUCGUUGUGUGUAAUCUAUUACGAAAGAUAAGUUUCACGACUUUGAUCAACAUAAAUUUAUUCGAA